UAGGGAGGGCAAGUCCAGACUGAACUAUGGGUGUGACAAAAAGAAAAUAGGCGUUGCUUGUCAUGCAAGAGUAAAAUGAAAAGAGGGACAAACAAGACGUGAUUUUGAGUACCACACGAAGACUCGCUCCGCUCUGCUGCCUCGCUUCGGAUCCAGUGGCUCUGUGUGUGCACGGACUCGACCCGAAUCGCUCGGAUUUAAGACACGAUCAAGGAUCUGUCAUGAAAAGACGAGAAAGGGAUCUAAAAUAAGGCCUGUCAUUUUCUGUAUCUUUCUUUCUUUCAAAAUCCAGCAUAAUGAUGCGUAAGUUCAGUUCGGAGGGUGCGUUGUUGGACCUCCUGCCCUGGGAAGAUACGGACAGGACCUCGGAGGAAGGGGCCAGAUGGAGCCUCGCAUCCUAUCCUUGCACCCCAGAUGCAAAGUCGGGGAGUGCUGGAAAGGGGGAGCUCAAGAGAGAUCACAGCGUUAGUAUGGAAAAUCUGGUGGACUUGGAGAAGAACUCUGGUUUACUGAAAGUGACGAAUCUUAAUGAGAGCUUUAAAGCGUACAGUGACAGCCAGCUCACUGGCAAUGCUAAAGGCAGCUGUGAGAGUGUGGGAAAGUGUGAAGCCGAGCACCACUCCCCGUCAUCCACACUCAAAUCUGGCCAUAUGCCCGUCUCCCCAAAACCUCCCCACUAUCACCGACAGCAAGCUCGGGCCAAACUGACAGCUGCUAAAUUACACGUCAAAAGUUUGUUUGGACAGGGUUCACCACAGUCCUCACAUUCGAAUUUGACAAGUGCGGAGCACAGAGAGAACAUAACCAGCGCUAAAGAGAGGCGUUCUCGAAUGCCUUUCCUCAGGCAGUGGAGUGAGGUGGGUCACAGCAGAGCUCAACUCAGCAGGAAGGACAUGGAAAGUUGGGCCAAGUCCCUUGAUGCAUUGCUGGAAAGCAGAGUGGGCGUCACAGUGUUUGAGGCGUUCCUGCGAUCCGAGUUCAGUGAGGAAAACCUGCAGUUCUACUCGGCCUGUGAGCAGUACAGACAGUCGUCCAACAAAUUCAGCCUGCAGAGACGCGCAAAAAUGAUCACUGAGACUUACAUCCAGCCGGGUGCUCCCAGAGAGGUGAACCUGGACAGUAAGACGAGAGAACUGACCCUAGAGCUCCUCAAAGCCCCCUCUCACACUUCCCUCUCACAUGCCCAGAGGCGCAUCUACAGCCUCCUGGAAAUGGACAGUUACCACCGCUUCCUCCAGUCAGAGAUCUACGUCACACUACUGAGGGAUUCAUAUUAGAACAAGAACGGGAUGAAAACAGAACAGACAUCAUGCCUGGACAGCGGAGACCGCAAAUGUGUCUCUAUGAUGAAAAAAAAAUAAAUCUAAACUACUGAAGAACGUUUUAGUGAAAAAAAGGGAAGCAGACGAGCAGGGAUGAUGCGAUUGUCUUGAACUUGAAUGCAUAGGGUCUAAAGGGACAUGCAAUGGGGAAAAAAGUGCUGACAUUUGGCAUGUUGACAGUCAACAAGGGAAAAACACGUCUGGCAAGAAUGGGCUGUUCAGUGAAAGGCUGGAGCACUCAUUAGGGUGACUUCAGGGUCAGACCAUUCUUUGACUUCAACUGUAUGUGUAGUUACGAAGGAGCAGCACUAAUGACUCAUUCCUCAAAUUUCUUUCCAAUAAAUAAUUCUAUAUUAUACUUAAAUACACAUUCAAACAAAAUCUCAAGCUCUCACCAAGACAAAAUUAAAAUAGACUGUUAUCUAUAUAAGCAAUAUGAACACAAGUACUUUAAAUAAAAGGUGAAAACUUCCUUGUAGGCUUGACAGACGGCCAGAUUGAGUUUAAAAUGUUUGAGACAUAUUAAACCCUGUGCAUUAGCAUAUUGUGAUUUUAUGAUCACAGAUUGCAUAUUAAAGCUGUACUCGUGUGACUAUACACAUUGAAAUCAAAGGUCUAUCACAGAGUUUGGCCCUUUUUUAAAUCAUCACACAUACAUAAGUAAUACUCUGUAGAGCGUGUUGCAGGGAAAUGUCACAAGUUGACAGGAUUAAAAUGCAGACACUGAAUGGGAUCCUGCUUGAGCAAACUGGCUUGACACCAGCACUAAUACCAUCCCAGUAAGCACAAAUACAUUUCCAAGGCAUCAGUUAAAGAGGAAAUGACCUGUAUUAGCACUUAGCACUGUAUUCUUAUUAUUAAACAACUGAAGAACAUCUUAAAAAGAGCAGAUCACAAAAAUGUCAACUUGAACAUCUGAGAGGGAACAUUUUUGAAAUGUAUAUUCCAGAUGAACGCACAGAUUAAAAAAAAAAAAUUGUGAUGUUUGUAUUUUAGUGUCUGUUGAUGAUGUCAGCUGUGACUUACAGACGGUACAUGUAUUAUUACUGUAGACAUGCUACUAAUGUCCUUGGUCAAAUGUUUUCCAAGGGUUUAAUCUGUUUUGAGUAUAAUAUAAAGGAUUUCCUUAAGGGAUUCAUUGAAUUAUGUGAUUGCUGUACAAGAAUGAGCAUCAGUUUGACUGUCAAAGUAUUUAUGUUGUUUGAGAGCAGCGAUAUAAAUGAAUCGAACAGAACAAAUGUUCCACCGUUUAAUUAAAUUUUCACAAAAAAUUCUGU